AUGAAUUCUGAACAGAGUUGUUCAUCUACUAAUUUGCAAUGUGCUGCAAUAAAUCGAAAUUCUGAAUUGCGAAUGAAGAAACUCAAAAGAAGAAAUGCUAAAAUUGUAUGUCUCAUCCAAAUUUACAAGAAGAUUAGACAUUUAAUCUUGGAACUCGAAUCCAGAGAGAUUGAAUUUGGUGAAAAUUAUAAUGAAGAAGAAGAAGAAAGGCAAGCGAGACGAUUACAAAAGUUAACGAGAAGACAAUUGGCUAUUUAUCGUUAUUUAGUGAAACAUGAGAUUAUUGUUGAUGAUGACUUGAAUAUUAUCCAUGUGACUAUGGACGAUGUGAGAAAAUAUAUGCAAGCAGUUCAAGAGAAAAUUGGUAGUGUUUUUCCCUCUGAUCCUUUGCAGUUUGAUCAAACUGUUGAAAAUAUAACUUGUGAAGUCAACAAAGAAAUAAAGAAAUUCAUGGAAGACAAAUUUAAACACAAUUUGGAUGAAUGGUUAUUAAUUGGAAGUGAAUCGACAAAAACUGUGGAAGCGGAUAUUUCUCCUAUUUCGUUCAGUGCUGUUCCAACUUGGGAUGCAGCAAGAAUCAAAUUGCAUGAAGCAUGCAGUCGUGGUGAUCUGAAAUUAGAAGACACAACUGUGGAUGAGGAUGAUACAAAAAUGCCACCGACUGCUGAUGAAAUCGAUAAUGGUGAAGAAGAUGAUGAAGAAAGUAUUAACGGUGAAGACAGUGACAUUCUGUUCCUUCAACAAGCUAUUAAGGAAAAUGCUUCUGAUCAGGAAUCAUUGGCCGAUGAAGAGAAUGGUUCAGGUACAGACUGUUGUAUAGUUUAUGAACGAAUUUUAAAUGCUGCCAACAAAAAUGACGGAGAUAGCAUCGGUUACUGCGAACCUACUUCUGCUGUUGACGAUGAUGAUGAUAAUGAUGAUGAUGAUGAUAGUGACGUCAUUAGUAUCUGA